AUGGUUCGAGCGAAUAUAGCACUCAGCAGUGGCAGACCAGAACAGGCCAUCCGCCACUAUACGGAAGUCCUGUACAAGCUAUCACCCGCUCAUGUGUGCGCCUUCCUUAACCGUAGCAUGGCAUACAUAGAGGAGAGGUACUACGAGCUUGCUGUGGUGGACGCCUAUCGUGCUUGCAUCGCAACGAGCGAAUUGGGGAAGAAUACUUUGAUUGGAAACGAGCGCCUAAGCAAAGUAGGCAAGUAUAUCAGGGCAGAGCGGCUGCAUGUUAACGCAAACCACAAAUGGACGAGGCCACCACAUCGCAACAUUGGAAACGGUUGGGCGAGGAGUCCCCUGGCCAGUAUUGUCGUCAAUGCUACCCCAGAGGUCACUGUCCCCAAUGGAGCGCAAAUACGGCCAUUUGGGACAUCCAAAAUACCACUUGUCAGAGCUUUGGAUAUCCGCGCUGCCUAUCGACUAUGCGGCGCUCUCUUUAUGAUUGGAGGUGGUGCACGAAUGGAUGCGCUUGGACUCAUCGAUGAUACCAGAUCGAGAAUCGAGAUGAGUCCUUGGGAAAGCCGUUGGUUCGAUCAGCUGGGCAACGAAAUCAUGAAUCAACUCGUCGACGAGGUCGACCCCAAUGAUCCGCACUUAGGCCAAGAUACACAAGACAAGCGAGACGAGCGUAUGACAGAACUUAAAGAAAGCAUGAAGGCUACGACAUCAAGUGGUGGCUAUGGUGACUACUCCUGGGACCCGUAUGAGCCUAAAUUAACGGAAUCCGACUGUCAAAAGCAAAUCCACGCUUGGGUGGAGACUUGCAGCAGCAAUUGUUCGGCUUUAAUCAUUGAACCAGAGAAGACAGUGGAUACACCGGUCGAAGGUCUCAAGCCAUACAUUGAGCUCCGAGCCAACCGGGACAUCGACUCCGGAGACGUGGUACUGUCCAAGCAGACGAUCUCCAAUGUGGCGACCAGCAUCCCCGAGGAGGUGGAGGCAAAAAGACGUGCCGGUAGUUACAAUGAUCUCUAUUGUAAUGGUUGCGCGUCUUUGCUAGCUGUCCCUUUACAGUGCCCCAGCCUGUUUGUAAGGACCCAGACUCCUACGAACUCAGACAUUCGCCCAGGAGCCAGUGCCGAGGAAUCUUCUCACGAUUUGUCAAGCGCCCAUAGACCUCGGUCCUUGCCGACUCCAUCAUCCCCUCGUCAGGGCUUCAUGUUCUGUCGUACCAACCACUUGGUGCCCACAUGUUCAUCCGCCUGCCGUGAGUUGACUGAGGCUUUCGACAACGGAAUCUGUCGGACCAAGAUUGAGCAAGGACUCCGUCAGAGCCAUUUCAACGAUCCAAAGCCGAGGUCAAUGACCGACUGCAAGACUCAGUGUCUUCGUGACCUAAUCUUUCUUCGCCACAUCACCAUAGCCUUAAAUCUUGGCGAGAGUCCACUCAGAAGCAAUGACCUCAGGUUUGCCACUUCAGGCCCCAACAUGCGUGGUAUAGAGGAUUGCGAGGUGGAGCCGUGGUCCUUUAUAUCGCACGUCGUCCGCCCAAUACGCUACAUCCACCAACUCUUCGAGAACACAAACACGGACCAGUUCGUCAACCUCGGCAUAUUAGAUGGCUGGAUCAUCAAUACCCUCCUCGUCAAAAUCAACAGAGCUAUGCGCAUCACGAAAGGCCCUCGCUACGUCAAGUGCUUCGGAGCCGACGGCAUGCUCGAUACCGCUUUCGGCCCGUGGGAUGAGCGCUGGGAAGGACUCGCCGAGAUUCUAAAAAACCAGGAAGAUAAAACCCACUGGAUCGCAAGCAUCGAUUCAUUGUUCAACAUGAUCCGUAUCGCCGACCCUGCAUUGGGGGAGACUCCUAAUGUCACCGUCGUUCUAAGAGAGGGAGUGAACGUCUACGCGAUUGAGACGGAUGCUGGGCCCGCUAUCAAGGCCGGAGAGCCCCUACUGAGAGCUGCGGAAGGGCUUGAAGCACCAGCGGUGAAUGAGAGGCUGCACACGGAGGAUUUGCCAGGUCCAAUGGAAGAGACUCACGAUGGCGAAGAGGUGCAUUCCGGAGACACGAGUGAAUUCCUGGAAGAGUUCAGCGCCGACGGGGAGGAUCUCGAGGACGAAAAUGAUGCGGAUGAGCUGGGCGGAGAGGGGAUGGAGGUGGAUGGUGGGGAUUUUCAGCUCUUUGAUUGA